CGUUCUGCUUCCGGAGCACACUGUCGCUGCAUCCAUGCUUUGCUGAUCCACGCUAGGAUAUUCUUCGUGGUUGACUAGCUGGUUAUUAUUUUGUCUUUUUUAAUUGGGUUAUGCAGCUCGCACAACAUAUAGGGGCAGAGUAAUUGCGUCACACUUGACAUUGACACUGCAACCGUUAUUUCGGUCACAAUGGCACAGAAAGCAGCCAAAUCCCUUGCAACCCGCAAUGCGGCAACACUCAAUCGAUCGCAUCUGAUCACAGCCAUUCUGCAUUCACUAUUCUUGUUCCUCCAUUGGCUCUUCAAUCGCCCAGGGGCUCUGUUACCCUACGUCCUGCUUACCCUACCUGCUUUAGGCAUCGAGUUUUAUCUCGAACGUCUUGGACGGCCCCGCUAUAGUCCCCAGGAUGGGUCAUUGAAAUCGGCUGGUGAAGACUUGAGUGCGUCGGGUUUGACGGAGUAUAUGUGGGAUGUCACAUACUGGACAUGGGGCUGUCUGAUUGCUGCCUGUCUGUUCGGUGAUCGUGCCUGGUGGCUUUACUUGGCUGUUCCUUUCUGGUCUGUGUAUCUACUGUGGAGUACAUUCUCUGGAAUGAGGAAAGGGUUUGCGGGCAUGGGUGAUGCGGCGGAGACAUCGGGUGGCUCUACGAGUAAACGGCAGCAGAAAUUAGAGAAACGAAGUGGUCAGCGGGUACAAUAUCGUUAAAAUUCAAAUAGAGUGACUGGAUCUAUUUUAAAAGAACAUUUUCCACGAUUUUCCACGAUUCGCCACC